CUGCUGCGGUUGCUGUUUGGUGUUUGCUGCUGUUGCUGCCGUUUGGUGCUUCUACUUCUACUGCUUGGUGGUGCUGCGUGACGUUUUUUUCAAGUAAGGUGCAAAAUAAGAAAACCAAGCCCCAGAGUGGUUCAGUCACAUGACCAAGGCCACACAACUAAAAGGAAGUUUUUGGCAGUGGCGGAGCUCAGCACCAUGUCUCAUACCAUUUUGUUGGUGCAACCUACCAAGAGGCCAGAAGGCCGAACUUAUGCUGAUUAUGAAUCAAUGAAUGAAUGCAUGGAAGGAGUUUGUAAAAUGUAUGAAGAGCAUCUGAAGAGAAUGAAUCCCAACAGUCCCUCCAUCACAUAUGACAUUAGUCAAUUGUUUGAUUUCAUUGAUGAUCUGGCAGAUCUUAGCUGCCUUGUGUACCGCGCGGACACUCAGACCUACCAGCCCUACAACAAAGAUUGGAUCAAAGAGAAGAUCUACGUGCUUCUCCGUCGGCAGGCCCACCAAGCUGGCAAAUAAUCCAAGUGGCAGCCUUGGGAGGGUGGGGGGAGGGCUUGGAAAACAGGUGUGUACAGCGUGCCGUAGUGGGAGCUUUGUAUUAUAGAAGUCCUGUUUCCAUUUUGUUACUAUCUCGCCAAGGUUGAAUAUACUAGGAGAUUUUUGUCUCGUUCAAUCUGAAACCCCUGUCCCUCCCUACUUUCUUUUUUUUACUAAGAAGUAGUUGAAAAUUUUUCUUGGGUCAGUUAGCACUUGGUUACAGUUCUUCCAGCUGUUCAUAUCUGCUUAUAAUGUUCACUGUGCUUACCCUUCUGUGUGAGGGUUUUACAGAAUUUAGUUAUGUCCUCAAAACUCAAAGCCUUAGUAUCUGUCUUUUCUCUCUAGUGUUUUACAUCUGUGGUGCCCCAGCUCUGCAAAAAAGAGAGGGAAGUACCUUCUUAUAUCUUGGCUAUAGUGCUAAGCUUGAUCAUUAUUACUGUCCAUCAUUCAGUUUCAAUUAUUUUAUAGUUCGUUUCAUUUACAUUGUUGUAGUUGUGUAUAUUAUUUUCCUAGUUCUCCUUGCUUCACUUGUUUAUGUCUUUCCAUGCUUCUUUAUGUCCAUCAUUGAUGUUUUCUAUAGUAUGGUAAUUAAUAUUCCAUUACACAUAUGUACCACAACUUGUUUAACCAUUCUCUAGUCAGUGAACAUAUACUUUGUUUCCAAAUCUUUACUGCUUCAAAAAAAUUAUGGUUUUUUUCCCUCAUUAACCUCCUUGGUGUAUAUACCUAACAGUGGGAUCUGAGUCAAAGGGUAUGAAUAUUUUAGCCUCCCCUCCCUUUUUAAACAUAAUUCCAAAUUGCUGUCCAGAAUGGUUGGACCACUUCAGAGCUACAGCAGCAAUGUAUCACUGUAACUCUCUUUCCUCCACUACUCCAACAUUUAUUAUUCCUACUUUUUGCCAUCUUUACAAUUUUCAGGGUGUGAACCAGAGUUGUUUUGAUUUGUAUUUCUCUUAUCAUUGAUGAUUUGAAGCAUCCUUUCCUGUGGUUAUUAAUAAUUUACAGUUCUCCUUUAGAGACUCUUAUAAUAUUCCUUUGUAUUAAUACACCUUAAUUUAAUCAGCCAUUUUUCCAUCAGUGACAGAAUUUUUUUCCAAUUUAUAUGCUAUUACAAUUAAAAUACACCAGCUGUAUAACUCUGGGCAAGUCACUUAACCCCAAUCACCUCACCAAAAAUAAAUAAAUAAAUAAAAUAGAUAUAAAUAUUUUUGUUCAGGAAGGCCUUUUUGUGUGAUUUCUGCUACAUAAAAUCCUAGCAAUUAAAUUGAUUGAGUCAAAGGCACAUAGUGCCUUAUCACAUUUUUUUCACAUCUAAAUGUUUGUUGUUCACUGGACUGUAUAUAAUCUCUUUGAGAACAAAGUCCCUUCUUAUCAUUUAAACUUUGUGUAAAUGCACUAUUUGGAUGUCAUGUAGGAAGACUGUAAGGUACUAGUGGGUAGGGACCAAUUCUGUAGCACCAGAUGAAUGAGUGGGUAUGUGGUAGAUGCCCUCAACUAAUGGCACCCCAGCGCCUGGCACAGUACUUUGCAAAUAAGUAGGUGCAAACAUAUUUGUUCAAUAAAACCACUAGAUAAACUCUCAAGAAGUAUUUAUUGCUGGAAUGCAAAUUCAAGCUGAGGUGGUAGAAGAUAGAACAAGCUAGGGGUAGUCUAGUUAGGCUGAAACUUCGUAUUGACCUAUGUAGGUUUACCCUUUAUUGAAGUUCAGAGGUGCUGCGUCUUUAUAUGUGUGAUGAAUAUGCCUCUGAAUCUUGGACUUUGGAAUAACGAAGUAUGAGAACUUACAAUCAGUACCAUAAAUUCUACCACUGUACAUUCCCUCAGGCUGUCAUGUUUUACAGUUGUCUCUAGUGUUUAUUGUAACCUAGUUUCACCUGAAACUUUAAAAGGGGAAAGGGAGCAUAGUAUGGGUUGCCUAUAUUUCUCUUUCAAAUGAGAGGCAAUGUGACAGACCACUAGACCAUGAAUCUGGAGAUCUGGCUCUUCCACCUGUGGGCUGCAUGGUCUUAGGCAGGUCACUUACCUCUUUGAGCCUCAGGUUCCUUAUCUGGACAAUGAAAGAGUUGAAAUGGAUAGUUCUUAAGGUCCCUUCUAGCUUGUGAAUACUUCUGUAUUCUAGGGGCCUCAGGGAGAGGGGAAGUGCCUCUCUCACAGACGUAUCAGAAAGUGCCAGGAGGACUAGUCGUCACAGAGGAAUGGGAACAUUUUCUUUUUAUUCUGUUUCUGCACAGCCUUGCUUUCCAUGCUGAAAAGGAACAUGGACAAAGAAAGAUUGUGGGAUCAUGGAUCAAGCCCUAGAAGGAAACCUAUUUAUCCAGCAAAGCCACUGACAUUACAUGUCUCAGCCAGAUGCCUUCUUUAUCUUCUGUCCCUGGAUUAUUGUGAUUCAUCCUGAAUUCAGUUUACUCUCUUACUCCUUCUGUCUCUUUCCUCCCCCAGGUUCCUCUCAAAGCUUCUUCUCCUGCUGGCUCCUUAAUCACCUCCCUCUGGCUUCUUAAUAAUCUCUAAUGCCUCAAAUCAUAGCCUUCUGGUGGUCCAUGACUCAUCUUUACCUUAGAAGAUAAAACUCAAGAAAUACAUCUUUCUGUUAGGUGUGAAUUGAGCAGUCCUCACAUGAUCUCCCUAUAGUUCCCAAACAGUUUUUUGAUUUAUAGUUUUGUCAGCCAUAAAUUUACAAACUCUAAGCAGUAAUGCUGUGUAGCUAUCAUCAAUCAUUGCUCAGUUUAGGUUCUCUCGGAAGGUACAUUUAUUUGAGGAGCAGUUCUCUAUCCGGUCUUCAAGACACCCUGUCUUGUAUCUCCUCUCAACAUUUUUAUCUGAGAGGUGGUUUUUCCCUAAGUGGAUUUAUCAGUUUUCUUACACAAAUAUUUUUCUGCCCCUCUAACAAAACUGUUAGGGGAGUACCUUAUACUAAGAAGCAAAAAUCAUGCAUAUUGUCUGGUCUCAGUAGUUUUGCCAUAGAACUAGAGACCAGACAAUAUAGUAGCCAUUGCAACAGUUAAUGUUUUGUGGAUUCUGCUACAUGAUAAUAUCUUAGAUGGGUUUUUCUUCUUGGUGUGAAACUCAAUUCAUUUCAAUUCAAUAAACAUUCAUUAAAGUA